AUGGUAAAAAAUUUAAUACCGCUUUUACUACUUAUUGAUCCAAUACUUUGUCUAUUUAACAGGGGUGAUACUAUGACAAAUCCUUGCAAAUCAAAGGGCUUGAAAUUCAAGUUAGAUUUACAUAUUGUUGUUUUGAACGAUAAAGAGGUGGUAGUUGAUGGGAUGGCGGCGGAGGUGGCGAAGACAGCGACAAAACACAAGCUAUAUGAAGACAAAUUAAAGUCAAUCUUGGCGACCAAAUGCCAUAUCAAAAACUUCUUGGAAACAGUUCCCUAUAUUACAGCAGAAGAUAUCAAAAAACUCAAGUUCCCAAUUAUGCAAAUCAUGGGCAUGAAUGUUCAUAUUUAUGUAUUAAGACUUCCUUGCCGUGGGAUAUACGUUGUGGAUAAUGGGUUUAGCUUCUCAUUCCCUUGUAACAUGAAGUUACUAAGAACAGAGACUGAAAAGUUAAUUGAUGGACUUAGUUUGGUAGAAGCACUGUUGGAAGAUUUAAGCUUAAUAUAUGAAACAAGUCAAAUUGAUCCCAAUGAUUCUAUUAAAAGAGUUGUCGAAGGAUCAGGCCGAAAAAAGAAGUUAAAUAUUAAAGCCUGGACGACUGAAGUAUUCUACAAUGAUGAUUAUGAUACUUUAAUUGAUGAUAAUGAAGAAGACGAACAAGUUGACGAGGACGUUGAUGAGCAGGCUGAAGAUGAGUAA